AUGGCCUUGGCACCCUUGAGAAAUCAAUUAUUCAGACCAUUGUUAACAUCCCAAGUUCGCCUUUCCAGCACAAAAGCCAAUUUAGCAGCUUCACAGAAUGUGAUUCCUACGUGGAAUGAUUAUUUCAAACUUAGAAAGAAGAGACGUGUUUACGAAGUAGCUUCAUAUUUGCCAAGCACAGUGGCUCCUGCUGCUGGUACCUUUGCCUACUUUUUACAAAUGCAAGUUGAUCCUUUGACAAAGGUGCUCGGUAUGGAUCCUUUGAUGGCCGCUGUAGCUUCCACUCUUGCUGCUGGUUUUGGUGGUUUCUUGAUGGGCCCUGUUGUAGGCAAUGCAUUCUUCAAAUUGAUGAAUGGAAAGGUUGUUCAUGCUAUGGAUAUCCGUGAUAAAGAAUUUUACGAACACAUCAAAAAGAACCGUGCAGAUGCUCGUCUCAAUUCUAUCCGUAACCCUGUUCCCGAUUAUUACGGCGAGAAGAUUCAAUCAGUUCAAGACUAUAGAGCUUGGUUAAGAAAGCAACGAGAGCAUUACAGAAAGGGCGUUUUUGGUGGCGAUGUCAAUGGUCUCGAGGAUUAG